AUAUGUGAACAGUAGUAAAAGAAUGACUCGAUUCUGGCAGGAAAAACACCAUGUCUGAGUAUAAUUAUGGCUGAGGGUUACGACACAACACGGUUUCGUUCAACUGUUGACGACGGCUUCAUCUGCUGUAUCUGCCUUGGUGUUUUAAAAGAUCCUAUGCAAUGUGAGAAUAACGAACAUUAUUUUUGUUCCUGUUGUAUCAAGAAACACCUUGAAAAGACCUCGCAGAGUUGUCCAGUCUGUCAAGAUAAACUGACUGUUGAGACAUUGCGAAAAGCUCCAAGAAUUGUCGCCUAUUGCGUUUCACGUUAUAAGAUCGAUUGUGAUAACAAAGAGAGAGGCUGUGACGCUGUACUUGAGCUCGGAGCGCUGAAGAAACACGUUGAGAACUGUGAGUUCGCGCCAGUCUUCUGUUCCAACAAGGGAUGCAAUGAUGUUGUCAAUGAACGCGACGUCAAGAGACACGAGCUCGAGUUAUGUCGCUUCAAGGCAGCUACGUGUGUCGUCUGUGGCAAGAAGAUGCCUCAACACGAAUAUGAUGCGCAUGGCUGCGUAUUACGACGAAAUUUAAAAAAAAUUAAGAAAGAUUUGGUGGACAUGAGAGCCACACAACAUGAAGUGCUAAAUGAGAUGAGACAAAUGACCGCUGCAAUGAAAAAUCUCGAAAAAUCUUGUCGAAAAGUAGGCGAUGUUCUCAAUACCCGGAACAUUGAUAUUGUUGUUAUUGGUGGUGAGGAUGCUGAAUCUCAGCCUCUUUCUUCUGUUGAGCGAUUCAAUUUGUUUAAUCAAACCUGGACUUCACUGGGUGAGUUGAAAAUAGGGCGAUGUUUAUUUGCAGCAGUUCUUUUCGAGAAUCAGAUAUUUGUUUGUGGUGGAUGUACCAGCGACAUCUUAAAAGACACUACAGAUACCAUAGAAGUACUAGAUCUGAAAGGAAACACCCCAGAAUGGAAGGAGUUUGCCGCCAAUAUGCCUAUAAAGGUGGCUGGUCACCAGUGCGUCAUCCAUGGCAAUAGCUUGCUGAUUAUUGGCGGUUGCACAAAUGGUGAAAAGGGUCUGGAUACAAUAUACGAGCUGCUUCUUGUUCCACCUUAUUCUUCCAAGUUGCUGUGUCAUAUGAAGAAGAAACGAGCUCUCCAUAAAGUACAGUUAUUUGAUAAUAAAGUCCUAAUCGCUGGUGGUGUUAACGAUGACAAAGGAACGGAAUCUAGCGUGGAAAUAUUCGACAUAACAAGAAACAAAUGCAUUGGAAUGCCACCAUUACCAUCUCCUGUUUCUUCUAUGGCGACAGUUCGCCGUGGUGACGGCAUGCUGUUGAUUGGAGGGUUGGACGCAGAAAACAACGUCCGUAAAGAGAUCAUUGAGUACGAUUUCAAAACUGGUCGGAGUAAAGUUCUAUUGACAAUGGAAACAAAGCAAAAUUGUUGUUGCGCUGUUUGUCAUGAAAACACAGUUUUUGUUUUUGGUGCUACGAAGGACGACGAUCAGUUCGUGCGUUGUCUUAACUUUUUAACUAAUUCUUGGAAUAAAUUGCCUGCAAUGGCAGAGGCGAGAAUUUCCGCUUCUGCAGUUAUUGUGGAAAAGAAAAAUUUAAACUUUUGA